AUGAUUCAAGAAACAUCUGAGCAGGUACAGAAGAUUAAAGAAAACAUGCAGCGGGCCCAGGCGAGGCAGAAAAGUUAUUAUGACAAUCGUCAUAGGCCCUUAUCUUUUGAAGUGGGAGACCACGUAUUUUUGAGAAUCACACCCAAAUCGGGACUCGGCCGGAGAAUGGUAGUAAAGAAAUUAAGUCCGCGGUACUUGGGUCCAUAUCUUAUCUUGGACAGGAUUGGAGAAUCAGCUUACUGGUUGGCGAUACCACCUAAUUUAUCAGGGAUUCAUAAUGUAUUUCAUGUGUCGCAGCUGAGGAGAUAUCUCUCUGAUCCAUCUCAUGUGUUACAGCCGGAAGAAGUGGAAUUAAGGGAAAAUCUGAUGUAUCAUGUUCAACCAUUCCAAAUUCUUGAGAGAUCUGUUAAACAACUCUGUUCCAAGGAGAUACCACUGGUGAAAGUGUUGUGGAACAACAAAUCGGCAUAUGAAGCCACUUGGGAGGGAGAAGAUGACAUUCGGAAUCGCUAUCUGGAACUGUUUAAUUAG